GACCCACCUCUUAAUUGUACCAUGUAAUUCUGCCAAGCUUGGAUUGUUAUCCAUACCUUGGGUGUAUACUUCUGUUUGUUCUGUCCGUUUUUUAUUGUAGUAUAUUUUUGUGAUUUUAAUAGAAAUGCCUGUAGUUGUUGCCGAUGAUUUUGAUCAAUUUGAUGCCUUUAUCUCUGUUGAAGAUCCUUUGGAGGACUACGAAAAGCUUCUCAAUGAGAAGUUGAAGAUUGAUGCUAUAGUCCCGAAUGAAAUGGUGCAUAGAAUCUGGGACAAAAUUUCGAACGCAACCACUGCUGCCUUGUGGAAAAUAAUUUUCGAAAAUGAGCAUGAGACCAACGAAAAAUUGGACAAAACUGCCGGUUUCCUCAGAAUCUUCAAAGACGAUGCUUGUUUCUAUUCGCCUUGGAAAUACAAUCAAUGGAUUACAAAAGUUAGAGCCGAACUGUUGAGACGAGGAAUGGUUGACUUUUGGAAGAACGUUAUUGUCGAAAAGGAAUUGGGUCCAGCUUGGGCUCGAGAUUGUGAUUUAUUUGAUGAUACUGAUGAUACGGAGCCGGCACAAUUUUACAAUUAUGCCGGUUGCGAAGCACCAUGGAACAGCAAGACCUAGUCCCAGGCAACUCUACAGCAGAUCCAUUAAAUAUUUUACAGCCAUAAAUAUACAAAUCCGUGUCAGCAGAAACUACAAACUAUCUAUAGAUUCUGAUGACGAUAACGCUUUCAAAAUGAUAUUCGCUGACACACGUCAAGUUUUAUGGCACUUACUAUUUAAUGAAAUAUCUUUGAGUGAGGAAAAUUUUGAAAAAUCUGCCGCUUUAUUGAGGGAUUAUAAAAAAGAUGCAUGUAUAUAUUCACCUUAUGGCUACAAUUAAUGGAUUCCUCAAGUAAAAGAUGAACUUCUUAAGAGAGACCGUUUAGAUUUUUGGAGAUAUGUCAUUGUUAAAGAAAUGCUGGGUUUGUGCUGAGCGGAAGAUUCUGAAUAUUUUUAGCGACAAAGAAGACCCACAACCAUUAGAAUUUUACAAGGCCGAGUUUAAGUAAUUGAGAAACAAUAAAUUUAAUUUCAAAAAUUACAA